GCCCGGCUGCCAACCCGCCCUCCCUUGCCGCAGGGUCACCUUGGCCGGGCUGGCGGCCAAGGGCUGCUUCGGACCCGACAUGCCCCAGCUGCCCAGCGGCCGCCUGGUCCCCUGAGCUGUCCUCAUCCCCGCAAACUGCGGUUUGGGGAGGGGGCUGCUGGGGACUGGGGGAGGUCGGCCCUAUUGACCAUUUGGGAAACUGUCCCCUUUCCCAGCACAGGCCGAGGGAGGGCUUGCUGGGGUCAGUACGCCAAGAGACCUGAUGGAGGAGCUGGUGGGGCUGCGUGAGGGCUCCUCAGGGGAUCCUGUGACUCUGCAGGAGCUGUGGGGCCCAUGUCCCCACAUCCGCCAAGGCAUCCGAGGAGGCCUGGAGUGGCUGAAGCAGAAGCUGUUCCGCCUGGGCGAGGACUGGUACUUCCUGAUGGCCCUUGGGGUGCUCAUGGCCCUGGUCAGCUACACCAUGGACUUCGCUGUCAGGAGUGUGGUCCAAGCACACCAGUGGCUGUACCGGGAGAUUGGGGAUGGUCACAUGCUCCGGUAUCUCUCCUGGACCGUGUACCCUGUGGCCCUCGUCUCUUUCUCCUCGGGCUUCUCCCAGAGCAUUACGCCCUCCUCUGGAGGUUCUGGAAUCCCAGAGCUGAAGACCAUGUUGUCGGGUGUGAUCUUGGAGGACUACCUGGAUAUUAAGAACUUUGGGGCCAAGGUGGUGGGCCUCUCCUGCACCCUGGCCUGUGGCAGCACUGUCUUCCUGGGCAAAGUGGGUCCCUUCGUGCACCUGUCUGUGAUGAUGGCUGCCUAUCUGGGCCGUGUGCGCACAGCGACCAUCGGGGAGCCUGAGAACAAGAGCAAGCAAACUGAAAUGCUGGCGGCAGCGGCGGCAGUGGGUGUGGCCACAGUCUUCGCAGCUCCCUUCAGCGGCGUCCUGUUCAGCAUCGAGGUCAUGUCUUCCCACUUCUCUGUCUGGGAUUACUGGAGGGGCUUCUUUGCAGCCACCUGCGGGGCCUUCAUGUUCCGACUCCUGGCGGUCUUCAACAGCGAGCAGGAGACCAUCACCUCCCUCUUCAAGACCAGUUUCCGGGUGGACGUCCCCUUCGACCUGCCAGAGAUCUUCUUUUUUGGUCCCUUCGUGCACCUGUCUGUGAUGAUGGCUGCCUACCUGGGCCGUGUGCGCACAGCGACCAUCGGGGAGCCUGAGAACAAGAGCAAGCAAACUGAAAUGCUGGCGGCAGCGGCGGCAGUGGGUGUGGCCACAGUCUUCGCAGCUCCCUUCAGCGGUGAGACCCCUCGUGCCCCGCCCCCUGGUCUGUGGCCAGGAGCUGCCAUCGGGCGCCUCUUUGGGGAGACUGUCUCUUUUGUUUUCCCUGAGGGCAUCGUGGCUGGAGGGGUCACCAAUCCCAUCAUGCCUGGUGGGUAUGCCCUGGCAGGGGCUGCAGCCUUCUCAGGGGCUGUGACCCACACCAUCUCCACGGCGCUGCUGGCCUUUGAGAUGACUGGUCAGAUAGUGCAUGCGUUGCCCGUGCUGAUGGCAGUGCUGGCAGCCAAUGCCAUUGCACAGAGCUGCCAGCCCUCUUUCUACGAUGGCACCAUCAUCGUCAAGAAGCUGCCAUACCUGCCACGGAUUCUGGGCCGCAGGAUCGGCUCCCACCAUGUGAGGGUGGAACACUUCAUGAACCACAGCAUCACCAUGCUGGCCAAGGACAUGCCACUAGAGGAGGUGGUCAAGGUCGUGACCUCCACAGACAUAGCCGAGUAUCCCCUGGUGGAGAGCACAGAGUCCCAGAUCCUGGUGGGCAUUGUGCGAAGGCCCCCGCUGGUGCAGGCCCUCCAGGCUGAGCCUCUUUCCUGGGCUCCGGGACAGCAGUGUCUCCAGGACAUCUUGCUCCUCCAGGCACACAACCUCUUUGAGCUGUUGAACCUUCAGUCCCUCUUCGUGACAUCGCGGGGCAGAGCUGUGGGCUGCGUGUCCUGGGUAGAGAUGAAGAAAGCAAUUUCCAACCUGACAAACCCACCAGCCCCAUAGUGAGCCGGCCCAGCAAGAUGAAGCAGGGCACCCCAGCUGCCCUGGUGCUGAGGUUGGGCUGAGACCCCGCCUCUCUUCCCCCAUCACCACCCAUCCCUCCCUCCAGCCCAACUCCAUUCCUUGGCAUAAGAGGCAGCUGUAACCCAGCCCAGAAGAGGAUGGCUCAUUCUGGGAGAAACGAUGGCUCCUGAUUGAAAGCCAAGUCCCACCUUGGACAGAGCUCAGAGCGUGAGAUGCUGAAGACCAGUAUCUGGCAGGUGCUCAGUGACUGACCAUCACAUUAAUGAAUGACAAGGUUGGGGUAUGCUGUCACCAAGGGCAGGCACAGAUGCUCUCUGGGGUUGUCUGAUUCCCAGUGAGAGGCUCCUGAGAAAAAUAAAGCUGGUUCCCAGAG